AUGAGUAUCUCCGGCCCUCAAGACAUUCCCCAGGAAUACAUAAACAACGAGAAUCCUUUUGCAUACAUGAAGGAAUACUUUGAAAAUCCAUUUUUGGAUCCAGAGAUCAAGCUUCGCCUCAAUGCUUUGCAGCAGAUGCAGCCUCGGUUUGUUCCUCUUGGAAUCAACGGUUCAGUACUCAAGGCAGAGCAGGCAGCCAAAACUAAAGCCAUAGUCGAGUCCCAGAUAGAGAGAUUACUCCAAGAAGGAAUGAGUCUAAUAAACAGCACCGAUCCAGAAAGAGAGGCUGUUUUGAAGAGCAAUGCCAACGACCCAAGAAUCCUUGAUAUCUUGAUUAGCAUAGGUAGGCUGAAGCUCUUGAGUAAUCAGGAGAAGCUUAGAGAAAAGGUUUAUUGUGCUUUGAAGAGCACGAUCCCAUCCGAUGUGGUGGAGUCCGUUGACUAUUCCUCUCCUUUGAAAGAAGACUACCUCUUGGGUGCAAUGGAGUAUGGGGAACUGGAGGAGAAGUCCAAUAAGACAGAGCCGUUGCCAUCCCCAAACUAUUAA